AGUGUCAGUCCCUAAUAAGUUAAAACGAGGACUAUUUGUCCAUGUGUAAAAGAAUGCACUAUAGAUAAUAGUUGUCUUUGACAUACACGAAUGAAAUAAAUUUAAUCAUGCCUAAUAUCAAUUGCAAUAGUCUGUCAUUUUUAUUCUUUUAGUGGCGAAUUCAUUCAUUUAAUAUAAAUUAAUUGUUGAGGAUGUUUUAAUAAAAAUCAAUGAUGAAUGAGUCAGUCAUGACAAAUACACUCGUAAUUUAUUUGUAGUACUGAUAAAGUAAGUUUACAUGAGCAUUGGUUACAUGACAUAAAGAUCUCAUAUAAAGUAUAUUGAAAAAUAUAUCAUUUACUAAUAAACAUGUCAUCAGCAGAGCAAUCAGUGAUUGUACAAUCAAAAUUUGUUUCUGGAGAGACUGUAAUAAUUGCAAUCGAAGCUUCAUUGAUACAAGGCUGGGUUAAAGCUGCAAGAAUUGUAGCACUUCUGAACAAAGGAACAACCCAUGCAUUGGUCAUUUUAAUUACCUCUAGAACACCUCCACAAGUUUAUAGUGAUCUUACAAUAGAAAGGAUAUUACCUAUUGAUCAAGAUUUCAAAUGCAAUAUAAAUACAAAUGAAAAACAACAGGAUACUCUUGAUGUUUAUCUUAAUGUUACAUCAAGGAAAUUGCACCUAGUAUUUGAAAUGAGACCUGGAGUAGAAACAAGUUCUUUAGUAUCUGAAAUAUUUAGAGCUAUAGAAGUAUAUCAAAAAACAAAAAAUUCAGCAUCAGAAUUUUUGUGGAUACAAAAAUUAACAGGAAGUACACGUAAUUUAAAUUCCAACAAUAAUGAAGAUGUACAAGACAAUACUGAUCCUUUAGUAGAUUUGGAAAGUCCAGUUUUAGUUGUCACAAGACGUAGUAUUGCUUCUGGUAAGUCUCCUGUGGCUGCUAGAGAAUCAGCAGUACGGUAUCAAAUGGCAUGCAAGGAGGAUGAUUAUACAUACAGCAAAACAUUCCGCGUAUUUAUCGGUACAUGGAAUGUAAAUGGUCAACCACCAAAUAAUAUUACAUUACAUGAUUGGUUAAGUUAUGAUAAAUCACCUCCAGAUAUAUAUGCAGUUGGAUUUCAAGAAUUAGAUUUAACUAAGGAAGCAUUUCUUUUCAAUGACACUCCAAGAGAAGAAGAAUGGAGACAAGUUGUAGCAAAAUCUCUUCAUCCAGAUGGUGUAUACGAACAAGUAGCCAUAGUAAGAUUAGUGGGCAUGAUGUUGAUUAUAUAUGCAUUACAUAGUCACAUGCCGUAUAUAAAACAUGUAUCAGUUGAUACAGUGGGCACUGGUAUUAUGGGUAAAAUGGGUAACAAGGGUGGAGUGGCAGUAAGUUGUUCUAUUCAUAAUACAUCUAUUUGCUUUGUUAAUGCUCAUUUGGCAGCACAUUGCGAGGAAUAUGAAAGGAGAAAUCAAGAUUAUGCAGAUAUAUGUACACGGUUAUCUUUCUCAAAAUAUGUUCCACCAAAAAAUUUUAAAGAUCAUGACCAGAUCUAUUGGCUAGGAGACUUGAAUUAUCGAAUAACAGAAAUGGACGUUGCAGUAGCUAAAGAGCACAUAGACGUUGAAAAUUAUGUUCCUGUCUUAGCUCUAGAUCAACUCGGUCAACAACGACGAUUAGGUCGUGUUUUACAAGGGUUUCAUGAAGCAGAAAUAAAAUUUAAACCAACGUAUAAAUAUGAUCCAGGAACUGAUAAUUGGGAUUCAAGUGAAAAGAGCAGAGCACCGGCAUGGUGUGAUCGUAUCUUAUGGAAAGGAGAAGCAAUCACAUCAAUUGAUUAUAGAAGUCACCCUGAACUAAAAAUUUCUGAUCAUAAGCCAGUCAGUGCAAUUUUUGAUUCCCAGAUCAGAAUCAUUGACAUAGCAAAGUAUCGUAAAAUUCACGAAGAAGUGAUGAAAAAACUUGAUAAAUUAGAAAAUGAAUUUUUACCUCAAGUGAUGGUGGAUACAACAGAAAUCAUAUUUGACACUUUGAAAUUCCUUGAACCUAGUAGUAAAGAACUUAUUAUCGCUAAUACUGGUCAGGUGCCAGUUCAAUUUGAAUUCAUAAAGAAAUUGGGCGAUACUAGUUAUUGCAAAGAUUGGUUAGAUAUAGAACCCUAUAAAGGUUUUAUAAAACCAGGAGAAAAAUGUGACACUAGAUUUGAAAUAUACGUCGACAAAAGAUCGGCAUGUAAAUUAAAUUCUGGAGAAGAUAAAUUAUACGAUAUUUUAAUUUUACAUCUUGAAGGAGGAAAGGAUAUAUUUAUCACUGUAACAGGCACUUACGAAAGAAGUUGUUUCGGAUCGUCAAUGGAAGCUUUAGUUCAUAUUCCAGUACCCAUUAGAGAAAUACCUAUUGGUAGAUUAAUGGAACUCGAAAAUAAUAAAAAUCUUUCCCAAGAACCUUACCCUGUUCCAAAAGAAGUAUGGUUCUUAGUAGAUAGAUUGUAUCGCCAUGGCAUAAAAACGGCAGGACUGUUUGAAACACCAGGACUUCAUAGUGAAAUUAUAGCCAUAAGGGAUUGGUUGGACAAUUGGAGUCAAGAUCCAAUGCCUGGUAGCGUGCACUCUGUUGCAGAAGCAUUGCUUUUACUUUUAGAGUCAACAGCUGAACCUUUGAUUCCAUAUAAUCUGCAUACUGUGUGUUUAAAUACAGUUACUAAUUAUUUACAAUGUAAACAGAUUGUAAUGCAGCUUCCAGAAAUAAGGAGAACAGUAUUUGUUUAUAUAUGUUACUUUUUACAAGAAUUAUUAAAUCAUACCCAAGACAACGAAUUAGAUGCCAAAACCCUCGCAACACUGUUUGGAUCAGUUUUUUUAAGAGAUCCUCCAAGAAGUAGAGGUGACCGGGAUAGAAGGAAAGCUUUAUUUGUUUAUCACUUUUUAGUUAAUGAUCAAAGUGACUUUAUUCUAGGUCGAUAGUAAUAUUUAGAAUUAAAAGAACUUACUCAUUAAAUAAAAUGCAACUAAUAUAAGUUUUAAAAAAAGUAGAAUAUUUCACUUGUUUUAUUUAGCUGAAAGUAAUAAUAUGCUUAGUAUCAUAUUAAAAAAAAUAUUUUGCAAUAUUUAGUAUUUCUAUAAUAGUACUUAAUGGCGUAAAAAAAAAUUUUAUAACGGUAUAAUGCACGUAAAGUAACUUGCCAGUCUAAAAAAACGUGCUAACUAAAGACUUCGCGUGCCACAGUGAAAUACUCGUAAUUAGAUAAUAAGAAAAAAAACCAAGCUACAAUUCCAUCUAGUCUCUAUAGUCUGAAAAGACUAAAUAGGUAUUAUGUAAAUUUAUUCAUAAAAGAAAUUGUUCUUUGAUUAAGUUAAUUUUAUAUUACUUUAAAAUUAUUAUUACUGUUUAGAAUUACUGUUUAAUGUAUGAUUAUUUGAACGUCUACUCAGGUUCAAUAUGUAUGACCGUAAUGUAUUGGAAACGUGUUAACUUUUGUAUCAAAAUUUUAUUAAAAAAUACAUAUAAAAUGUGAUAAAUAA